UUGUCAAGAAGGCAGCAUGGUGCAUAGUCCAAAAAGUAAAAGUUUUAAUUUUCUAACAAAUUUUCAUUGGAAAGGUAGAUAAAGCGUUUUUAUUUAAAGCCAACACUUUUGCAUGAGAAACCCAGAAUCCUACUAAUUGCUACACGUACUUAAUUACAUCACUUUUGUUUUGAGCCGACAUCGCCGAAUGCAAUUAACUUUCAACCGAUGAAAAACAUGCCUACACGGGCCCCCGGGUGAGUUCAAUCGAACACCCUCAUUUUGGUAUGCCUAGCUGGGCUACUUUCAUUGGCUGUUGGUCCCGCCUCAUUUUCGGUUUUCUGGAUGUUCAUUGCUCAAACUAGACAGCCAUCGUGUUUACUGCCGACGUCAUUUAGGCGCUCGAACUCGGUAAUGAUGUUGUGGUUAUCCAUGCCUCUCAUUCGGUGCUUGUGUCUGAAGAUAUCCUUUUGACCAGUCUGCCUCGCAUGGAGUUGCGCGCUGAUGGCAACCGUGGAGAUGUCGGAGAUUAAAGGUAAAGAUGAGGAGCCUUUAGAAGGCGAGGGCGAUUACGAAAGUUUACCACCUCAUGCCUCAUUGACAAUCCACAUGACAGCAGGAGCAGUGGCUGGAAUCCUGGAGCACACGGUGAUGUACCCCGUGGACUCUGUCAAGACCAGGAUGCAGAGUUUGCAGCCAGACCCGAAGGCUCAGUACAGCAGCGUAUACGAGGCCCUGAGAAGGAUCAUCCAAACGGAGGGCCUCCUCAGACCCUUGAGGGGCCUCAACAUCACCAUGCUGGGGGCUGGCCCUGCCCACGCCCUCUACUUUGCCUGCUACGAACGGGUCAAGUGCACACUCAGCGAAGUAAUUCAGAAUGGAGGCAACAGCCACAUAGCAAAUGGACUGGCAGGCUGUGUGGCCACUGUGCUGCAUGACGCAGUCAUGAACCCAGCUGAAGUUGUGAAACAGCGGAUGCAGAUGUACAACUCUCCCUACCGGAACCUGUUGGACUGUGUUCGGACUAUACGACAUACUGAGGGGCUCGCAGCCUUCUACCGCAGCUACAGCACACAGCUGGCCAUGAACAUUCCCUUCCAGGCUGUCCACUUUAUGACCUAUGAACUGAUGCAGGAGCGGCUCAACCCCCACAGACAGUACCACCCCGGCAGCCACAUACUGUCUGGGGCUGCGGCGGGAGCUGUGUCGGCAGCGAUAACCACCCCGCUGGAUGUGUGUAAGACCCUGCUCAACACACAGGAGAACGUAGCGCUCAGCUCCAUGCACAUCAGUGGUCAUCUCACAGGCAUGGCCAAUGCCUUCAGGACAGUGUACCGCUUUGGCGGCAUGGCUGCCUUCUUCAAAGGGAUCCAGGCCCGGGUCAUAUACCAGAUGCCCUCCACUGCAAUUGCCUGGUCAGUCUAUGAGUUCUUUAAGUACUUCCUGACCAAGCAGCAGAUGGAGGGAGAGGCUGGGACAGCAGGCCCAGUCUGAGGAAGGGCUGUGGACGGGUUCGACCAUCCACCACACGUAUUCUGGAAGCUCCUGGCUCUCCAAUGGAAUCCAUGCCAAACGUCUCAUCGUGUACGCAAUGUCGUGUUCAUAAUUUAUAUAUGUGUGCUGUUGUGUAAUAAUCUGUGUUUUCUCAAAGGGAAGUCACUGCAAUGGAGGAAGUUUGAAAGACUUGCUGCGGGAGUGGUACACUGUGGCACUCCUUACCCUUCUUACGUACUCAGCAAGCCCUUCCAUUGUACAGUGUUAUUCAUUAGAGGAGUGGAGGCUGUUACAUGAACAGGAAAUGCACAGAGAUGGCUUGUCUUUCCAUUAAUGCAGAGAAAAGGGCAUCUUCAUAUGGCAACAGGCCCUUUUCACAAAUCACCUGUUCACUACGCGCACAACACUCCCAACUUUGUCUAUCUAGUGAUUGUGUUUGGCUGCAUUCAUACAGUAUGUAUACUGAACAAAGAUAUAAAUGCAAUUUCAACGAUUUUACUGAGUUACAGUCCAUAUAAGGAAAUCAAUCAAUUGAAAGAAAUUCAUUAGGCCCAAAUCUAUGGAUUUCACAUGACUGGGUAGGGGUGCAGCCAUUGGUGGGCCUGGGAGGGCAUAGGCCCACUCAUUGGGGAGCCAACAAAAGGGCUUCAUUACAGUCAGAAAUACCACUGUUUCAUCAGCUGUCCGGGUGGCUGGUCUCAGACAAUGCUGCAGGUGAAGAAGCCAGAUGUGGAGGUCCUGGGCUGGCAUGGUUGCACGUGGUCUGCGUUUGUGAGGCCGGUUUGCGUACUGCCAAAUUCUCUAAAACGUUGUUGGAGGCGGCUUAUGUUAGAGACAUUAACAUGCAAAUCUCUGGCAACAGCCCUGGUGCACAUUUCUUCAGUCAGCAUGCCAAUUGCAUGCUCCCUCAACUUUAGACAUCUGUGGCAUUGUGUUGUAUGACCCUUUAUUGUCCCCAGCACAAUGUGCACCUGUUUUAAUGAUCAUGCAGAUUAAUCAGCUUCUUGAUAUGCCACACCUGUCAGGUGGAUGGAUUAUUUUAGCAAAGGAGAAAUGUUCACUAACAGGGAUGGAAAGAGAUUUGUGCUUUUUCAUGCAUGGGGGAAAAAAUGGGAUGUUUUAUUUCAGCUCAUGUAACAGAGGACCAGCACUUUACAUGUUGCGUUUAUAUUUUUGUUCAGUAUAGAUCUGAUAUGGGGAACACUUUUUUUAAAUGUACUUUUCAGUGCUUGUAUUUUAUGGAUUCAGAAGAGACGUGGCUUUUUGCUUGAUUUUCUUUUCUUGUGUAUUUAUAAAGGACUGUUUGAACACAUUCCUGAGUCUCGCUGCACAGUAAACACAGAACAAUUGCGCUUUCAAAGUGCCUCUUUAGUAAUGAAGUCCCCGCUACAAGCUAAGCUUUUUGUGUUGUGCAGGUCCUAAAUAGAAAUAGAUUGGACUGAUCAUUAUUUCCAUGAUCAUAAUCAUUGUUUGCCAUUAAAAGGUCUUAUCAUUCUGUGGUUUGAAUCUCAAAUGGUCAUUUAAAUGUUAACUCUGGAAGCCAGAUUUGAUCAAUCAUAGCAAGAAACCACCCGUGUCAAAACCAGAUCUACUGAAAUAGUACCAUAUUGUUAUUUUUCCUUGGUCAGAAGGUUGUCAUCAUGCAAUGUGGCUGUAGUCUGAACUGAACCUUUCAAGAUUAGGGAUAUUUUCUAUUCUGUGUUAGAAAUUGGCUCAACCCCCAAAUGUUGGAUAUUUUCACUUUAGAUGGGUCUUCAUUCAAACCUCCGUACUAGAGGUCGACCGAUUGUGAUUUUUCAACGCCGAUACCGAUUAUUGGAGGACCAUAAACGCCGAUACCGAUUUAAUCGGGCGAUUUUAUUUAUUUAUUUAUUUGUAAUAAUGACAAUUACAACAAUACUGAAUGAACACUUAUUUUAACUUAAUAUAAUACAUCAAUAAAAUCACUUUAGCCUCAAGUAAAUAAUGAAACAUGUUCCAUUUGGUUUAAAUAAUGCUAAAACAGUGGUGGAGAAGAAAGUAAAAGUGCAAUAUGUUCCAUGUAAAAUAUGUGCCAUGUAAGAAAGCUAACGUUUCAGUUCCUUACUCAGAACAUGAGAACAUAUGAAAGCUGGUGGUUCCUUUUAACAUGAGUCUUCAAUAUUCCCAGGUGAGAAGUUUUAGGUUGUAGUUAUUAUAGGACUAUUUCCCUCUACCAUUUGUAUUUCAUUAACCUUUGACUAUUGGAUGUUCUUAUAGGCACUUUAGUAUUGCCAGUGUAACAGUACAGCUUCCGUCCCUCUCCUCGCUCGAACCAGCAACACAACGACAAUUACAGCGCGCUAACUAGCUAGCCAUUUCACUUCGGUGCCUCAUCACGGGAGUUGAUAGGCUUGAAGUCAUAAACAGCACAAUGCUUGACGCACAACGAAAGAGCUGCUGGCAAAACGCACAAAAGUGCUGUUUGAAUUAAUGUUUACGCGCCUGCUUCUGCCUACCACCGCUCAGUCAGAUAAUUAGAUACCUGUAUGCUCAGUCAGAUUAUAUGCAACACAGGACACACUAGAUAAUAUCUAGUAAUAUCAUCAACCAUGUGUAGUUAACUAGUGAUUGUUUAUUAUAUGAUAAGUUUAAUGCUAACGAGCAACUUACCUUGGCUUACUGCAUUCGCGUAACUCCUUGUGGGGUGUAGCGAGAGAGAGGCAGGUCGUUAUUGCGUUGGAGUAGUUAAAUUUGCAAGAUUGAAUCCCCCGAGCUGACAAGUUGAAAAUCUGUCGUUCUGCCCCUGAACAAGGCAGUUAACCCACUGUUCCUAGGCCUUCAUUGAAAAUAAGAAUGUGUUCUAAACUGAAUUGCCUAGUUAAAUAAAGGUGUAAAAAAUAAAUAAUAAUAAUCGGCAAAUCGGCGGCCAAAAAUACCGAUUUCCGAUUGUUAUGAAAACUUGAAAUCGUCCCUAAUUAAUCGGCCAUUCCGAUUAAUCGGUCGACCUCUACUCCGUACCUCCCAUACUCAAGACUGCAGUAGUUUUAGUUUCAGUCAUUUAUUUUAACCACACGGCCUCCUUUUCCUGAGGGUACUGGAAUCCCUCAACGUAACGGCCCAAAUAUUAGUCUUGUUUGAGCACGGUAGUAGGCCUAUGCACUGGAAUCACGCACAAUGAUCAAGAGUGUUAGUGUAAAUUGUAUAACAAUCUUCUAUGUUUAAGAGAAUAAGCUUUUAAACAAUAUUUUUAGGCAAGCCCUUUAAGCAUUGGAUUCUGUCUGUGACAGUGAGACCAGUACUAAUGGUUGACCAGAUGAGCUGUUUGUUCUCUGGCAUAUUUUAGCCACGAACUGUGCUCUCCCUCUUCCCAGCAUCUUGGCUCCGUGUUUUCUGCUCCAAGACGAGACAUUUCUCCACACAUUGCUGUAACCAAAAAGCUGCGAGAUUUGUUUGUUUUUAAAUAAAUGCUUGUUUUAUUUUCAUUCACCAGUGAAGUAUAAAGUUCUAUGAGAUCUCCAAAGAUCACAGUCCCUCAAAUGUAGGCUAAUUCAUUCCUUGUUAAAAAAUCCUAAAGAUAAUGCAUUGUUUGCUUCCACUCGCAAACCUGUAUUUUUGAAGUUAGCGGUGAACCUACCUGUGAAAUAAUAAUAAAUUAAAGGACUGCUUAUUGGCAUAAUCUCCAGCCAAAAUAUCUUUAGCAUCUUUUUCUUUGGAUUUCUUCAUUAAAGCUUUUAAUUUAGCUGUCUUGAGGCUUAUUGCCUUAUGUUUGAAAAGUAUCUGUGGGUGCCUCAGCACUUUUAUGAAGGGUAGCGAUAUGAUAAUUUCUUCUCCAAAUGGACUGUAUCUGUGGAGGCUGAAGUGUUUGGUGGUAUGGGAUAUUUUAGUCUAAACUGGGACGACCAGGUAAACAGUGGUAGAGAGAAGUUGGCACAGUACAUUACCAUUUUAAAAUGUAAAUUGUCACUCUUAAUUUGAGCCUUUUCUGUGUGUGUUUUAUAGAAUUACACCUGUUUUUGCUAACUAUCACAGCUAUUGUUUAUGUAAAUGUAAACAAAUAUGCAACACAUUUAGGUUGAUUUAAAUUCAAGCUUUUUUACAACUAUUGGACAGCUGAAGGUUCAUUCAUUUGAUGUUAGUUUAUGGCAUAUUGUUGGUUCAUAUGUUUGAAAAGUGAAUUCAAGACUUGUCAUGUAUGAUUCUGUACAAAUCAAAUGUUAUUUGUGACAUGCACCAAAUACAACAGGUGUAGAUCUUACUGUGAAAUUCUUACUUACAAGCGCUUAACCAACAAUGCAGUUCAACAAAUGGAGUUAACUUUAGUUUAUUUAGUAAACAUUUUCUUCUUAUUACUUUUUUUAAGUAACAAGAAUAUACCGGGAUUUCUUAUAAGCGUCCAGAUUAGUGUCCUUCUCCUUGGAAGCGGCAGCUCAAGCCUUUUUAGCUCGGUGUGGAUCUUGCCUGUUAUCCAAAUGCAGAACAUGCCAUUUCUGUUCUGACUUUUAUUCAAUUUGUAUUAAUCUUAUGCUUAAAUGCUUGUCAUUCAGUUGAUGGAAUUCAUUGCAUUAAAAAGCACUCACCAGGUAUUUUAACCCCUCUUCAAUAACACUGCUCUUAUACAUUGUUAAAUGUUUAGCAGGACUGAUAUUCUUUUUAAGAAAUAGAUGGGUUGGUUGAUAAUUCAAGAUUGGAAACAUUUGAUUAACUAAUAUUGUUCACAGAUUCAGUCUGAAGUACUUUUUUAUUUUUUUGCUUCUGAUGAUAAAAUAUCCACAGAAUAUUACAUUGCAUUACAGCUCUGGAAAUAUAAGGAAAUAUACUUAAAGAAAAAACCUUGCUUAAUUAUCUAGCUUGUCUACCUUGACCGUAAGAUCAUUUCAACAAUGUACGUUGUAAGUAUUACUAUGUAUGCCACAUUAAGUGAUUUAUAUAUUUCAAUGGAGAUUGGGAAAUUAAAAUCUUAUCCAGGUAUGUUCAUAAUGUAACAUUGUUGCUGCUUUUUUUGCACACAACAAAAUAAGGGGGGAAACUGGGAUAAUAUGACUAGAGUGCCAUCUACAGUACAAUUUUAGAUUUGAGGAAAAAAACACCAUGCAAAUGUUAAAAUGAAGGUGGUUAUGCUGCUACAGUAUGUAACACUGGAGCUCAAAUAAAAUGCAAGUGGUCAAUGCUGUG